GCAGCGGAGAAUAGCAAGGGCCGCCACGACCGCACCAGCCAGCAAGCAAGAGAGGACGAGGCGCCGGCCGGCCCCCCAUCCUGGUCCCGGCUCCCUCCUCUUCCCUUCAAAUUUUGGAGUUGGAGGCGGGAGGGGAGGAAGGGAUUCCGCUCGCUCUGCCGUCUGCCUGCCCCCAUCCUCCUGCCCGCUAGCCGCCGCUACAGGGAGGGAGGAUUGGGCUCGGAUUCGGCGCCAGCGACGAUGAUGGAGGUGUCGGACAACGCCAAGGGCCUGGCGCUCGCCGUCGCCUCCAGCGCCUUCAUCGGCGUCAGCUUCAUCCUCAAGAAGAUCGGCCUCCGCCGCGCCGCCAAGUGCGGCGCACGCGCAGGUGGCGGAGGCUACACUUACCUUUCCGAGCCUCUGUGGUGGGCUGGAAUGACCACAAUGCUGCUUGGGGAGGUUGCAAACUUUGUUGCUUAUAUAUUCGCGCCAGCUGUGCUUGUGACUCCUCUUGGAGCAUUAAGCAUAAUAGUGAGUUCAGUGUUGGCACACUUUGUGCUGAAGGAGCGACUUGAGAAGCUCGGGGUCCUUGGCUGUGUAUCGUGCAUAGUAGGUUCAGUUGUUGUUGUUAUGCAUGCUCCGGAAGAGCAUAUGCCUAACUCUGUUAAAGAAAUCUGGAACCUAGCUACUCAACCAGGAUUUCUAGCAUAUGCAAUGACAACAAUGUUACUUGUGGGAACGCUAGUACUCUUCUUUGAACCUCGAUAUGGUCAGACUAAUAUCCUAGUAUAUCUGGGCAUCUGCUCCUCAAUGGGGUCGCUAACGGUUGUUAGCAUCAAGGCCAUCGGUGUUGCCAUAAAGCUUACAUUGGAUGGAGUGAAUCAGGCUGCUUAUCCAUACACGUGGUUUUUUCUUAUGGUUGCAAUUAUCUGUGGGGUUUCUCAAAUAAACUACCUCAACAAGGCAUUGGAUACAUUUAAUUUAGCUAUUGUUUCUCCUAUUUAUUAUGUAAUGUUUACGACCCUUACAAUAGUGGCGAGUGGAAUUAUGUUCAAGGAUUGGGCUGGUCAAAGCUUAAGUAGUAUUGCUUCGGAAUUAUGUGGCCUAAUAACAAUUCUCUCUGGGACAAUUUUGUUGCACACAGCAGAAGAGGGAGCCAACAAUUCUGCAGCUUUGUUGCCUUGGCCUUUGGAUAAGGGAUCCAUAUCAUGGUGUAUCAGCUUAAGCAGCGACAAUCUACUGAAGAAUGUCGAAGAGGACUACUUUGCAGCUCUGCAAAAUUCACCUGCCCCAGUAUGACAAUACAUUUGUUCUACUUUGGUUGUAGAAGAAACUGAUAGACUUUGCAAAAAAAAAAAAGAAGAAGAAGAAGAAGAAGAAGAAGAAGAAGAAGAAGAAGAAGAAGAAGAAGAAGAAGAAGAAAGCGAAUCACGGAGGGAACCUUGACAGUGCCAACAUUCUGGCAGUUUUGGUUGAGGAGAUUUCAUCUGCCAUUUUUCAAAUUGUACAUAGGAACCUGUAAAUUUGUGAAUUUUAUUUUAUAUCCAGGAUAGGAUAAGACUUGUUAAUCCCUUGUUCGUCCAAAGGCAUGCCUGCAUGUUGUAGUUUGUAUAGAUGUUUCGUCUUUAACUUAAGCUCAGUAGUGAAGAUUGAUGUAUCCAGCUGUCGUCUGCAUAGUAUCACAUAUGCAUUAAGUUUCGAACUGAAUGGUUUCCCUAUUAAGCUCAGAAGGGAUGCAAUGCCCUGCUGCAUUUGCCCAUUCAA